CGGGAAACAAAAGGAAUAUGGAGAAUGGAGAGAGGCUGUUGAUGUGCUCAGAGUGUGGAAAGGGUUUCAUUGGCUGGAUGAAUCUUACUAAACAUCAGAGAAUCCACAUGGGAGAAAAACCACAUGAAUACUCAGAGAACAGGAAGCCAUUCUCUCGCAGCUCAGACCAGGGAUUCCAUGUUGGCACAAAGCCCUAUAAAUGCUCAGAGUGUGGAAAGAGCUUUGUUCAGAGCACGUACCUGAGAGUGCAUAAAAGAAUUCACACAGGGGAGAAGCCGUACAAAUGCUUCGAGUGCGGAAAGAGCUUCGGCUGGAGCGGAAACCUCAACAGGCACCACAGAAUCCACACAGGGGAGAAGCCGUAUCAAUGUUCCCAGUGUGAGAAGAGUUUCCGUCACAGAUCAAGUCUUAAACUUCACCAGAGAAUUCACGGAGGUGAACGCACUUUAUAAACAUCGAGGUUUUGGUGGAAUACAUACGUUAAUUCGCAUUACAAAACUUGCACUUGGGAGAAACUCAACGGCCCUCCAGCUGUUUUGGGACUACACUUCCCAUCAUCCCUGACCACUGGUCCUGUUAACUAGGGAUGAUGGGAGUUGUAGUUCCAAAAUACCUGGGGGGCCAAGUUUGCCUAUGCCUGGAUAGUGGAGCGUGGAUAUUCUGGUAUCCCUUCAGGAGAAAGCACAUGAAUAAUUACAGCAACCUUCACAAUCUGAUGCCCUCCAAAUGUUUUGGACUACAAUUCUCAUUGGCCGCGUGCAUCACAGCCACUGGGUUCCCCCAAAGAACAUGGGUGGUGUUUGGUAUUUUGUAGCAAAAAUCCACCUUCCCACCAAAAUACAGAACAACCACAUAGGAUUUGCACCAACCUGGAGCUACGAUACUUUUAUCACUGUCCCGUUGUGUUUGAAAGGAACUAUUGGACAGCACUUGGAUUGACUUGUUUAUUUCUAGAGUCACGUUUUCCCCUCAUUAUGACCUACUGGCAUUGCAUUGCAGUAGAAUGUGAGGUUUUUCAUCGUUUCUGCGGCUCCUGGGCUGCCUCAUGUGUAGCAGUGCAGAAAGGCGAGCGUACUAAACCACAAAUGCAAUGCAAUGAGCUAUUUCUGCUUAGUUUUGUACAUAGCACACACAUUUUGAUAAAUAACAACCUUUUGCAUUGCCUUGGCAACAUUUGAAAAUAUGUCCUAGAGAUGCCAGUUUUGUGCGGAUGCCUUUUGGAUAUCUAGACUGGAUUUGGAACACAUCAAAGAAGAGUUUCAGUUAAAUGUGUUGUAAAUUUAAACAGGGGAAUCCGGGAGGGAAAGAUGGGACUCCACAGCGCCAUCUGGUGGCACAGUGUUAUAUUGCAUACACAACACUUUUUCUUUACUAGCCUAGCCGAGUCCUUAAUGUGAUGAGCACUAUGUAUAUAAUGUGUUAUGUGUAUUCUUAUUUUGUUACUAUUUGUAUUUGUUAUAUAAGGUUUUUUUUAAUCUGUUGAAUUUACAAAUAAAUGUUUUUUUUAAAUG